UCUGAAAUAAGCCCUGCGGCUUUAAGGAAUAGGCGGGGCCUCCUUAUAAUGGGCGGGGCUGAAUCUCUGUCUGGAUGUGAGGUGGCCCAGCAGCGUCCCACCGGCAGUGUGGCAGACAGACAGCGUGAUAAUAAAGGAUAGAAGUGAAGUUGUAUGUUUCAGCCAAUGAAAACCAUGGCAGCACCAUUCAGAUCACUUGUGGAAGAUUAUCCGAGAUACCUCAAAUCAUUCGAGCUCUUUCUGGAGCGCUCCUCAGAGCACCAGUGCAUGCAGGACUUCAUUCAUAAUACACUACCAGACAUACUGGCAAGCAUUGGAGGGGGGAGACCCAUCUUCAAUGUACUAGGAGUAGGGAGUGGAGGAGGUGAGAUUGAUCUAGAGAUGCUCACUCAGCUUCACCUGAAACAUCCACAUGUCAAAGUCAACAAUGAAGUGGUGGAACCAAGCAUUGACAUGCUGCACAAGUAUAAAGUUCGGGUGUCGACCACUCCAGGUCUUGAUCACAUUAACUUUGCAUGGAAUAAGAUGACAGCAUCUGAGUUUGAAAAACACUGGCAAGAGAAAAACCCUGGGAAAAAGAUGGACUUCAUUCACAUGAUACAGAUGCUGUACUAUGUCAAAGAUCCAGAGGCCACUGUCUCAUUUUUUCGGAGUCUGCUAGAGAAAGAUGGGAAACUCUUGAUCAUUCUGGUGUCAGGUGAGAGUGGAUGGGGCAAAUUAUGGACGACCUUUAAAGAACAACUCUGUAACACUGAGAUCAGCCAGUGUGUCACUACAGGAGAUAUAAAGACCUUCUUCGAUUCUGAGGGCAUCCCUUACCAUAACUAUGAGCUUGUGUCCCAGAUGGACAUCACAGAGUGCUUCACUGAGGGAGACCCGGUGGGAGAACUACUGCUGGAUUUCCUUACCGAGGUGAUAGAGUUCAGUAAGAAUGCUCCUGAAGACCUGAAGAAAGGAGUGCUGGGCUUACUGAGACAUCCUGAUUGCAGUAAAGAGGUGAACGGCAGGAUCGUGUUCAACAACAACCUGGGAGUAUUAGUGGUUGCCCAUCCCUGCAGUAGCUUUAUAUCUCACCUCCACAAGACCUUUGCCGUUAAUAUUGAGUCUAAUACAGUGGGUCAUUGUCCACAACAAUAUUGAAAGGCCCCAUGAUUUUUCCAGUUAUUCAUGAUUUACUGGAUAUGGAUUAAGGAUAAGGAUUUUUAAUCACAAUUUCUAAUUAAUAAAAUAUUUUAGAAUUUAGCAUAACUAGAAAAAUGUUUAAUCAUUACAAAGACAUAUGAAGUUGUAAGAUUUUUUUAAUAUACAUUUUUCAAGGUCUAGAAAUCACACUUUUAAAAUGAGUCUACCUCAUAUAUAUGUGUAUUUUAACAUUUUAGAAAUUAUCUGUUUCUGUACUGUUUUCAACAGAUAAUGAGAAAAGUAACAUUUGCAUAUAUUUUUAAUGAUUCUUUUAAUAAGCCUUAAACUACGGUCUCCUCAUUCAAGGUACCUGCUGUUCUAAAGCUUGUUGUAAUAUUGUAUCAAUCAUAUUGUUAUGGGUGAACAAACAGGAAAAGGCAAACCAUAGAGAACAAUGCGGAGUUUAGCCUGCAUCAACAUCAAACAAAACUUUUUAAAUGAAGGCCCAUGUAUUGUAGGUGACGGUUCAUAUUUGUAGAGACCUUGUAGCACAAACUCCAGUAUGAGCAACUCUGUACAUGCUUUGUGAAAUUUGCCUGAGCAGCAAAGUACAACCCUUGUAUAUUGACUUAUUAACUCAUAGGGUCAAAGAGCUUAUGAUAUUACUACAACAGUCUUUCAUAAAAGAGAUGAGAUUGCAUUGUUUGGUGACUAAUUGUGUUGUUGCACCGUUUAAUGCAUAACCAGACAGGACAAAGGUUGUAUAAAUCUGUUUCAAGGUUAAAGAUAUGUGUACUUGAAACUGCUACUGCAAGUAUGUUUUAUUUGUUUACUGCCUGCAAUGGGCCUGCCUUCUCUUUUGUGUUUGCUUACAGUAUUAUUGUAAAGUAACUUGAAUAAUGUUGUGUCUGCCAACAUUUGUUGUAUUUCUGUCUUAUGUGACCACAAAACCUCACAUUAAACUGAUGUGAAUAA